AUGACGACUUUGAUCACAGGAGGAACUGGAAAUACUGGACUUGCCCUUGCCAAACUUCUCCAAAACGCACACCGCCCCGUUGUGAUUGCAUCUCGUUCUGGAGAGGCACCUAAACCUUUCAGUGCUGUCAAAUUUAAUUGGUUUGAGCCAAACACAUACGAAAGUGCCUUGAGCGAUAGCUCCAUCGAUCGCAUAUACAUUGUAGGACCUCCUGGAAGCAUAAAAUCGUCUGUUGUGACAUCUUUUAUCGAUUUUGCAAUUGCCAAAGGAAUCAAGCGUUAUGUUCUCUUAUCUGCAACAACCUUCAACCCCCAAUCCAGCUCAGCAAUUUUGGCGAGUGUCGUACAUCAAUAUCUUCUCGACAAGAAGGUGGACUAUGCUAUCAUAAGACCAACUACAUUUAUGCAGAACUUCGGUUCUUUUUUUGUCCCUGGCAUUAAAUAUCACAACCAGUUCUUUUCAGCCACAGAGGAUGGUCGUAUACCAUGGGUGUCUACUGAGGAUGUAGCGCAGGCUGCAUUUGAGGCCUUGACGGCAGACGUCAGUCCCAAUAAAGACAUUUUUGUCGUGGGCCCUGACCUUUAUUCAUACGCCGAUGUAGCGAGACUGUUAUCUGACCUCCUCGGGCGACCAAUUGUCUACAAGCGGCUGACUAUUGAAGAGCAAACAGCUUUCUAUGCUAAAGUUGGUUUGCAUCCGGACCUAGCUAAGACGCUUGCUGGGAAUCAGAAAGGAAUUCAGGAGGGAAGCGAAGAAGCUAUCUUUAACGACCCAAAACUCGCUGAAGAGGGAAGAAAAUUUAUAGGGAGUCACACUCUCAAACAAUACCUGCAGGAUAACAUGGAGCUGUGGUCCAAUUAG